GGAUAUUAGAAAAUAGACUUCCUGUUUCACUUUCAUUUUAUCUAAAAAGUUGCUUUAAAUUCGGUAAGAACAGUUGCCCUGAGUUGGGAACAGGUAAGAAUGGAUACCAGCCAAUUCAUCGCAUUUUUCAAGAAACAAUUGAAACCACCUUUGUUAGAUAUUUACAGACAGUAUGAAAAUUUAGUGGAAGCCAAGACUCCAUCAUUUAGUAUACCACAGGGAGAAACUCCCAAGCAUAAGUUUGUACAUGGAAAAAUCUUUGAAGACUGCAUCAACCAAGCUGCAAAAAACUGCAAGGAAGACAGAAAAAUAAUUGAAGAAUUUAAAUCUUUAUAUGAAGAAUUUUGUGAAAAUCCUAGAAAUGUUGAAGAAUAUUUUUCUGGUAUGAAACAAGCUGGAUCAGUGGCAUGGAGUAUUGUUCGUUAUAUGCAGUUACACCAUGGGUCCUCCACCUUUGGUAAAAGAAUAAAAAAUGAACAUUUUAAAAUGCUAAGACCUAAUCCUCAAAUAGACUUCAUACAGCCAACAUUGAUAUAUGAUUUUAAACUUUCAACAGCUAAAUCUCAAGAAGAAUAUGAACAGAAAUAUCUUGUUAGUGGACUAAUUCAGGUUUUGAUUUAUUAUUUGUGUAUGGGUUUAUCUCCAGAAAAUGCUAAACUUGGUGUUUUGGUAUUUUAUAGUAGCUUAAAUAAAGUUGUAUUUUAUUCCUCAAAUGUUCAUAAAGAUGGCUUCUGUGUAAAGCUUUUAAAGGACAAGAUGAAUGAAAAUAAACAUUUAAAUGACAGCGAUACAGAAUCAAUGCCAGAUUUAGAACCAAUAUCAACAGAAAUAGAAUCAUUGGACACAAUGCCAAAAUUAGAAUUAUUAACUAUUUAAUAUGUCUUUGUUAACAGUGCUAUAUACAUAAAUUGUGCAAGAAUUA